AUGACUGAUCGUUCAAUAAAGAAGCCGGUUGGUGUGGUCUAUGAUGUGCUACUAAAGCUUGAAAAAAUUGUGUUCCCUGUUGAUUUUGUAGUGCUUGAUUGUGAGAUUGAUAUUGAUAUGUUGGUUAUUCUUUUUACGCCAUUCUUGGCCAUGAGAAAUGUUUUGGUUGAUUUGGAAGGUGGUGAGUUGAUGUUUCGAGUUGAUGAAUGUGUGGCGAGUAUUGGAGAAGCAGCGUAUCGUGGAGAUUUAUUGGCUCAAGUACUGCUUAAGUUUGAUCAAGCCAAAAUUAGUGACUAUGAUGAAGUCGUGGAUGGUCUUGUAGAGGAGGUGGCCUUACCUAAUAAUGAAGGGACGAGUGUGGUGAAAUUCCUCAAGCGGUACGUUUUCAUGAGAUUUGGCACUCCAUGUGCAAUCAUUAGGGAUGGGGGCUCUCAUUUAUAUAACCGAAUAUUCGCAUCAUUGUUGAGAAAGCAUGGAGUCAAGCAUAAGGUUUCCACCCCUUAUCAUCCGCAAACAAGUGGGAAAGUUGACGUGUCCAACCGGGAAAUCAAAGGAAUUUUUUCCAAGACGGUUAAUGCUAAUCGAACCGAUUGGUCCCGGAAGUUAUAUGACGCUCUUUGGGCAUAUAAAACUGCUUUCAAGACCCCGAUUGAUAUGUCCCCGAAUCAAUUGGUGUUUGGAAAGUCUUGUCAUCUGCUGGUUAAACUUGAGCAUAAGGCUUUCUGGGUCUUGAAAGUCAUGAAGUUGAAUAGGGAGGAUGCAUCAAAGGAUCGCGUUGGCCUACUCCAUGCUUUGGAAGAGUUUUGGUUUCGAGCUUAUGAGAGCUCGGCCCAUUAUAAGGAAAAUGAAGAAAUGGCAUGA